AUGGAGGCAUACGUGGAUGACAUGCUGGUCAAGAGCCGAACUGCUCCAAAUCAUGUUGUUGACCUCCAGGAGACCUUCAACACUCUCCGUCAAUUUCAAAUGAAACUGAACCGAGCAAAGUGUGCUUUUGGAGUUACUACUGGUAAAUUCUUCGGGUUUAUGAUCUUGCGAAGAGGUAUCGAGAUAAAUCCUGAGAAGAUUAAGGCAAUUUUUGAGAUGACGUCGUCAAAAACUAUCAGAGAGCAAACUUCAUCCUGGAGUGCACCAUCUUUUAUGGGCAAAGCUCAAAGGCCGGAGAAGGUCCAAAAGGUGGAGAGUUCAAAAGUUGGAGAAAGCUCGAGGAGCGAGGAAGUGGAUGUAGAAUCUGACCUUGAAGAGCUAUGGACACUACAUGUCGAUGGCUCAUCAAAUGCAUCUGGAGCAGGGGCCGAGCUUAUCUUAACCGGUCCUGAAGGAGAUAUAGUGGGAUAUGCUCUGCGCUUCAACUUUUCGACUAUUAACAAUGAGGCAGAGUAUGAAGCUCUGAUUGCUGGCCUUAAAAUUAUAAGAGAAGCAAGGGCUCAACACCUAAAGGUCCCCAAAGCAGAAAAUGCCAAGGUAGAUGCACUAUCAAAGCUUGCAGCUUUACUGCCCAUCGACUUAGAAAAUGAGACCUACUUCGAGGUGUUAAAGACCUCGAGCCUCGAAGAGCCUCUUAUUGUCCAGCAAAUUGAUGAAAAAUCCUGUUAG